AUGGCAACCCAGCGAGACGAGGGCGCCGUCCCUUUUGCAAUUUCCCACGAGCUUCAACAAUUCCGUCUGCUCGAGCUGCCACCAGAAAUUGUUGAGCUUAUAGACUCUCCCGACCCGCCCCAACUCUGCAUCAAGUCGCAGGUACCGCCCUCCGAUCCGAAUGCGCCAAACGCGAAAGCAGCGUAUGCAGUGCUCUGCACCCCCAACAAGACCUUCCAACUGAGACAGGUCCAGACGUCCAAUUCCGUCUUCAUCACCCAGCCCACCGCCCUUGCACCCCCUCCCGACCAUGGCAACGACAUACCGGUCCCUACCACCCAGGCAAUUGCGUCAUGCACUACAACCCUAGAGCUGCAUCCCGUUGCUGUUUCUCCUGCGUCAACGCUGGAGGAACUGUUGCCCAUAUACGACAUCGUGGAUGGAGAGGUCGACGCAAUUGGCAAUGCAGGUACCAAGGCUAGCAUCCUCGAACACAUCCCACUCUCGGAGGGACAGUUCGAUCAGGGCUGGAUCGAGGUUUUGGCUUUCGAGGUCGGCGGUCAUUCUUACAGACCGACCGCAAACACUACCACACAAGUCUGGAAAUCAGUCGUCGCUGCUGCGCUUGCGGAAGGUGUGAAACUUGACACACAGUUCUUGACCCAGGACAUUGCGAAGUUGGUGGCAGAAGAGGGAUUCCCAGGGGACCUGGCUGCUACCAUCUGCAAACAUCUAUCAACCGCUGAGCAAGGCCUCAACGGACCAUGGUCAUGUCUCGAUCAAGGCAAGACGGUGCGAUUUGUGGGAACGAAGUUGCUCCAGGCACGAGGCGGAUCUUCCAGCUACUCACUCCUGGAUUUCCUCGAGACAUGGAAGGAGAACCUCCCUCAGGCAUGGCACUCGGACGUCAAAUUAAGCUCGAUCGAAGGCGCGUACGACCAGCCCACUACAAGCACAAUCACAGCAAAAGGAGCAGCACUCCCAGCAGCACAGGCCGAGAAACCAGGCACGAAAGCAUCAGCCCGCAAAUGGCACGAGAAGUUCGGAAAGAUGCGAAAGCGAUGA